CCCUGUCUGUCCCUAAGAAUUUCAGAUUACGGUAGUUGGAGAGAGGUCGCAAGUCUCCGUCUAGCAGCUGAGCGAUCUCUCGCAGUCCAAUUGCCAGGAUAACCCUGACACCAACCUUCUCAUCAUGUCGGCACAUGACCAAAUGCGCGCUAUGUUGGACCAAUUAAUGGGAACAGCCAGAAAUGGUGACGAUACCAGGUUCCGGGUGAAGUUCACCGAUCCAAGGGUGUGUAAAAGCUUUCUCCUUUCCUGCUGUCCCCAUGAAAUUCUCUCCUCAACGCGGAUGGAUUUAGGGGAGUGCUACAAAAUUCAUGACUUGGCCCUUCGAGCUGACUAUGAACAGGCUUCAUUGACCAAGGACUACUUCUAUGAUAUUGAUGCUAUGGAGCACUUGCAGUCUUUCAUCACAGACUGUGACCGCCGUACAGAAUCAGCCAAGAAGCGUUUAGCUGAGACCCAAGAGGAGCUUAGUGCUGAGGUGGCAGCCAAAAUGAAUAAAGUUCAUGACUUAGCAGAACAAAUUGGGAAGAAGUUGGCAAAAGCUGAAGCUCUUGGUGCUGAUGGAAUGGUUGAGGAAAGUAUGAAACUUAUGGAAGAAGUUGAAGAUCUUCGUAAGACAAAAGCUGCAGCUGAACAUGAGUAUCGUAAUUCGAUGCCAGCCUCUAGCUAUCAGCAGCAGAAAUUACGAGUUUGUGAAGUAUGUUCAGCUUAUUUAGGCAUACAUGAUAAUGACCGAAGGUUAGCAGAUCACUUUGGUGGCAAACUUCAUCUUGGAUUUAUAAAAAUCAGGGAGAAAUUGGAAGAACUCAAAAAAACUGUUGAAAGCAGGAAAGAGAAGCGUAGAGAAGAGUGGGAGAUGGAGCGCAGUUCACGCUAUGGUGGAGAGGCUGGUGAAUAUGAUUUCUCCAGAGAGAACGAGAGGGAACGAGAGAGAUACCGUGAUAAUGAAAGAGAUCGUAGGGAUAGAUACAGAGACAGUGAUAGAGAGAAGAGAAGACGUAGGUCAAGAUCAAGGUCACGAUCACGAGAUAGGCGUCGUCGACGAUCAAGGUCAAGGGAUAGACAUUACAGGUCCCAUUCUCGUUCUAGGUCACGAGAUCGUAGGAGCCGAGAAAGUACAAGGAGGUCAAGGUCAAGGCGAACAAGGUCAAGAGAACGCCAUACAAAGUCACGCGAUCGAUCUCAAUCAAAAGACAGAAGUUCAAGGGACAAGAUUGUUCGUGAUAUUGAGGAAAAAAAGGUUCUGCCAGAUUUACCUGAAGAGGGUGAAGUUCAAGAUAGGAGAGAUGAAAGUCUUGAACAGGGAGAAAUCAGAGAUGACCAUGAUGGUGUGGAGUGAAUCCAAUGACCUUUUGUUUUAAGAGGGUCACGUUGUAAUUUAUUUUUAUGACCUGUUAGCAGUUUACUUCAGAUACCUGUCUUAGUCGUUAUGAAAGUUGUGGUAUGUCUUCUGGAGACUAGAUACGAACUGGUGAAAAGGAAUUUGCUAGCUUGUAAAAUUAUAGGAGUAAAAGAGAUGUGUUCCACCCUUUGGGAGGCUAGGUAGAGUAAUUUUGUGAUACUAUUGGUACCCAAUAAGGUUUUAAUUUUGACAUGCAAAGUAAGCAUAAAAAAUAUAACAAAACUACAUACAUGCAGAAGUCAAAUAAUCCAGUAUAAAGUGUAAAUGUUUGCCAUUGUUGUAAUAAUUAGGACUACUGAAAAUGUUUCAGAAGCAGCAAUGUUUACGGUCUUGCAUUUACUCAAAAUAAAUAGAAAUUGUGAAAUCGUGACUAUGGAAUAGGGUAUUAAUGUUGAAUUUUGUGCUUGCUUCUGCAGUUUUAUUGUUUGUAUUUUGUGGGCUUUUAGUUAUUCAGGUCUUUUCCUUGUUAAUAAGGUCUCAAAAAAUAUUUUUUGUAAUAUUCAAGUGUAUAAUAAUUUUGGGUAGUCUUCCAGUCAACAUUGCUUGUUAUUUGUUAUAUGUUACACAUUAAAGUAUAGUUUACAUAAACAAUCGUAUGCAACACCUGCAGUCACUAUAUCUGUGACUAUGUUAGCACCCUGAUUUAAUAAGUUGGCCUUGUUAUAUUGAAUACUUGUUUAUUUUUGUGAAAAUUGGAUUGAUUUGUGAUGCAUAUCCAAUGCUUAAACAUAUCUAGGAAGAAAUAUGCCAGAUGCAAGAAGAGUAGAGGUACGAUUUCACUUUACAUUUGUAGGGAAUAGCAAAGCAAAGUAACAGGGAAGUAUUUUUUUUUUACUGAAAAGUAACACCUUUGUUUCAUCACAUCAGUAGGAUUUUCUGUUAUAUACAAAUAGGGUUUUUAAGUUGAUUGAUAAGACCAUUUAACAACAAUGGAUAGAAUUCCAAGUUUCCGUGAGUUUGUGGCCGUGUCACUGCUUUUGAAUAGCCUUGUUUAAGUUGUGCUCACAUGGUAAUAUAAUAAUGUAUGCUCUUUGGUACUGUAUCAUCCUUGGUAAUAUUUAUAAGGAUUUGAAAUGACUAUCCAGUGCAGUCUCUCUGAACAAACAUUAAAUGCCAGAACCCGAAAUAAGAGAGCUCAUGGUUAGAUUGUGGUGGAUGACCAUGUUUAUUUCUGGUUUGAAGUACUUUUAAAGCAGUAUUUUUUAGUAACAUAAUAGGCCAGAAACUUUUAUUUUUUGUUUUUUGGUUUUAUUUAAGUACGUACCUGUAUUGAAUAAAUAUUUUGCCAUCUUGUCAAUAUUGUCUGUUGCUAGUAGAUGACUUGAGAUUUUUACUUAAGUGAUCAUCUGUAAAUGAGUGUUCAUUUAAUUUUUAAUAAAAUAAAUUAUUUACUCA